AUGAGAGAGGUGAUAUCAUCUAUUGGGUGUUUCAAAGAUGACCGUAUUGUGUUCUGGACUUGGAUGUUUUCAACGUAUUUUAUGGAGAAAUGGGCCCCACGGCAAGACGAUAUGCUCUUCUAUGUCCGUCGAAAACUGUCUUAUGUCAGUGGUGAUAGUACAGAGGGGAAAAAGCAGGUUGAAGUUGAAGUUUACCGGAGAGAUUCUAAGAAGCUUCCUGGCCUGGGAGACCCUGACAUUGACUGGGAAGAGAGCGUCUACUUGAACCUCAUUUUACAGAAGCUGGAUUAUGUGGUGACAUGUGCUGUGUGCACACGCUCCGAUGGAGGAGAUAUUCACAUUCACAAAAAGAAAUCUCAGCAAGUGUUUGCAUCUCCUAGCAAACACCCAAUGGACAGCAAAGGAGAGGAGUCAAAGAUCAGCUACCCCAACAUUUUCUUUAUGAUUGACAGUUUUGAAGAGGUUUUCAGUGACAUGACUGUAGGAGAAGGCGAAAUGGUCUGUGUGGAGCUGGUGGCCAGUGACAAAAGCAACACCUUCCAAGGGGUGAUUUUUCAGGGGUCCAUCCGCUAUGAAGCACUCAAGAAGGUCUAUGACAACAGGGUGAGUGUUGCAGCUAAGAUGGCUCAACGAAUGUCUUUUGGCUUUUAUAAAUAUAACAACAUGGAGUUUGUGCGAAUGAAAGGGCCACAAGGGAAAGGACAUGCAGAGAUGGCAGUGAGUAGAGUUUCUACUGGUGACACUUCACCAUAUGGGACAGAAGAAGAUUCAAAUCCAGACUCCCCAGUGCAUGAGAGAGUCACUUCUUUCAGCACACCACCAACCCCAGAACGCAACAAUCGCCCAUCCUUUUUCUCCCCAUCCCUCAAGAGAAAAGUGCCCCGAAAUCGAAUUGCUGAGAUGAAGAAAUCCCACUCGGCAAAUGACAGUGAGGAGUUCUUCAGAGAUGAGGAUGGUGGAGAUCUGCACAAUGCAACAAAUCUGCGGUCACGGUCCUUGUCUGGAACAGGAAGGUCUCUGGUGGGCUCAUGGCUGAAGCUGAACAGAACAGAUGAAAACUUUCUACUCUAUGCACACUUAACUUACAUCACUUUGCCAUUGCAUCGAAUUUUAACAGAUAUCCUGGAAGUGCGGCAGAAACCAAUUCUGAUGACAUAGCAGAGAGCGGGCACUGCCUUGGAGCCUUGUUGCCAAGUGCCUAACCACAGCGGUUUUCUGUGCUAACACUACCAUCUAGUGUCAGGAACAUAAACCUCCGCAGGAAAAAGGGAAGUCCAAGAAUACCAGCCGAUCAAAAGUGCCUCUUUCUUCCUUCCUCUGCUGUCAUACACCGUAUGCACACUUGCAGUACAUCGCUUGAGUGUUUCUGACUGGAAAAGGACAUUCAGCAAGAAAAAACGAGAAGGGGCUGUGUUUAAAACAAGUCAGCGCUUUAUG